AUCCUGGAAACUAGCGGCGAGUCCAGCGGAAAGCGAUUCUGGUUCUGCGCAGAUGGAGUUGCAGCUAGGAGACGGCGGCGGAUGGCCGGCGGUGGAGGAAAAAUUCGCGAAUCUCGGUAUUAGCGGUUCAGCUGCUGCUCGUGGUCGUGAGUCGUUUCAACACGAGGCAGCAGCAGCAGGAGCAGCAGCAGCAGCACCGCUACGAGUAACAGCAGCAGCCAACAAUGAUGGCGGCGAAAGCCUUUUCCAGCGCCUGUCGCGCGAAGUUGAGGAGGCGGAUACUGAGGAGAAGUUGCUCGACGCCAUCGCGUCGUGUCUCUUCUUCGCCAACGCCAUGUGCGACUGGCCCGAAUCGGACGCGGACGCGCACAGGGUCAAAGAGGCGUUCGGCUUCCGCAUGCUCCGCAGCAUGCCGUCCGUGGCGGAGUGUCGGAAGAUGCGCGACGAGCAGUGGAAGAGCAGGCGCACGGGCGUGCAGCACGCACAGGGGAGUGAGGGAGAGAGCGACUUGUUCUUUCUGCUGGAGCGGCGCAGCAGUGGGCGAGACGCCAACACGCACUGGAACAGCUUCGGCGGGCGUGGCAGCUACGGGCAAAGGGAAGUCAAGGUCGCUGUGCCGCCCGCCUUCAGGUCCACCGAAUUGCUGACGUGGGUGCCUGCCCACCGAUGGCAGGAGGAUGGCCGCCUUCGCACCAUGCUGGCCACGCGCCAGGCCGGACUUAAUCCCGCUGGGCAAGCGGCAGCAGCGCAAGUGGUAGCUGGGCAGGCGGCAGCAGGGCAAGCGACAUGUGGGCAAUCGCCAAGCAAGCCCCUCCCGCUCUGCCCGCGCUCGUGGCACACAUCACCAUCGGAGCAUCAGCCCCGCUCGCCCUCACCAGCACAGCGUGUGGCAGCGCAGCCAGGGCCGUCGUCAUCUUCUCCCCCUUCGUCACCAGCAGGCUCGCCCACACAGCCACGCGAUUGCCACUUCCAGCCCCUCACUCUCAUCCACAUCGGCUAUGAAAAGCUGUCGCCACCCCGCCGCCCUCCUGCUGCCCUUGCCACUGGCUCCGAUCUUCCCUCUCCCGCUGCCACUGCCACUGCACCCUCUCUUGCCCUCCCUGCUGCCCUUGGCACUGCAACCACCCCCUCCUGUUCUGCUGCCAUCGCUACUCGUCCAUCUGUUGUCCCUGCCAACACUCCCACUCUCUCCUCGCCUGCUGCCGCCACAGCCAUUCAUGCCAACCAUAAUAACACGGCCCCCGGUUAUUCUUCAACCCCCUCCGCGUCCCCCCACGGCACUGCACCCUUUCCCACCCCACCCGCCUUCUCUGCACCUUCUUCUCCUACGCUCCCUACACCUCCACCCCUGUCUUCUGCUCCCCCUUCCUCUGCACCCCCCUCCGCUGCUCCCCUCUCGCCUCACCCCCACUCCUGGAGCCCCCCUCCCGGUCCCUCCUUUGACUAUCCAUCUUGCACACUCUCGCUCUCCUCAGUGCGAGGAAAUGGGGCGGUGGGGUGGGAGGCGACUAGGCAGGGUCAGACGAAUGCGAAUGCGAAUGUGUAUGGAUCGGUGAGCGCAGGAAGGCGCCGCCUGUCGGAGAGGGAUGUGGAGGAUUUGAACGCCAUGCUGCGGACCAGGCGUGUUUACUGCAACAGUCAGCUGCAUUACAUCUUCGACGGGAAUGGGUGGACACUUAUCCAUUCUGCUGCGCGCCAAGGGAACACAGCUGUGCUGGAGGCGCUUCUGCUGCUGGGCAUGUCGGUGGGAGAGCUGAGCGAAGACACCCUCACCACGCCACUGCACCUGGCAGUGCUGUCGGGGAAUGUGGAGACCAUGGAGCUGCUGUUCUGUCAUGGUGCCGACAUCAAUGCUCGCACUAGAUACGGCUUCUACUUUCCGCCUAUUGAGCUCCUGCUUUCCUCCGUUUCUGUCCCUGCCGUCUCCCUCCCACUUCUCCCUGGUUCCUCAACCGCAGGGACUCCGCUGCACAAUGCAGCCAACUGGGAGAGAUGGGACGGGGUGAGGUGGCUGGGGAAGAAGGGGAGAGAUCUCGACAAGUCAUCAAGGCCGAACAAGCUGCCUCAGCAUCGUAUGGAUGAGGCGGUGAAAAUUGUGCGGGAGGUGCAGGCGGGGAGGGGAGAGCACGUGGGGGUGGGGGAGCACGUGGGGAGGGGAGAGCACGUGGGGAGGGGAGAGCACGUGGGGAGGGGAGAGCACGUGGGGAGGGGAGAGUACGUGGGGGUGGGAGGGCACAUGGAGAUGGGCGGGAGCGAUGAUGGACUAGAGUUCCUUAAUCUUGACGCUUUGCACGGAGAGACAGCAGAGGGGAUAACUUGGGGAGGUGGAAUGGACACACCAGUCCAACCUUCUGCCAUGCGGGCUGGCUGCUCCUCAUGA